AUGACACACGAGACCGGCCCUGCCUCCAAUGUCCCCUCACUAGGCAAAUCAGAAGCACGUGGGGCCUACAGAUCAGCUUUGCGGCCGACGCUCGAUGAUGUGUUGUCCGACACUAUGCCUCCACCGUACACCCUCAGCGAAUUCAUUGCAUACCUCUCCCAAAAGCACUGCCUCGAGACGCUGGAGUUUAUCGUAGAAGCGAAUCGUUAUCGAGAGACGUAUAACUCGCUCAUCGACCGAGCGGGUGAGUCCACAGUUAUGACUGACGACUCGACAAACCAACACCUACGCACGCUCUGCCAGCUUCUCCUGACGACAUACCUCAUGCCCGGAGCGCCCCGUGAGGUUAACCUUCCCGUCGACGUGAGCGACGCUCUCCUACGCAGAGACUUUUCGACACCACUGCCUCCCGAGGUAUUUGACCCCGCCGUGAAAAGCAUACGUGACCUGAUGGAAGAUUCCAUCUUCGUUGCAUUCCUGAACAGCCGCCCUUUUUUGUGUGAGGAUCCAGUAUCGGAAGCGUCGAACAGAAGCGAUGUCAUGUCUUACCGCCCAGUCAUAAACUCGGGUCAAUCAACGACGCCAGUUCGCUUACAAGCUAAGCGCCCAUCUCUCAAUACCCAGGGAAGGAAUUGGACAUGGCCUCCCUGGAGACGCCAGGCUAAUUGA